AUGGCCGCCGAACGCACAAACGUCUCCAACGACCUGGUCUGGCAGAUCACCCGUAACCAGAACUCUUAUCUGGUUCGCCGUAACACCGGUGGUGGUUCCCAGUUCUCCCGCGACCCCCUGAACCUGGUCAACAAGCACUCUUUCAAGUACUCCGGCUUCGCCAACACCAAGGCCAUUGGUGUCCAGGCCACCGAGAAUGGCGGCGUUGCUGUGACCACCAAGAAGGCUUCCAACCCCAACAAGCCCGCUCAGAACCAGGUCACCGUCACCUACGGCCCCAACGCCGGCACCCGCAAGAUCUACAAGGGUGUUGCCGACAAGACCGCCCAGCACGGUUACCGCGCUGAUCUCCGCGAGGAGGCUGUUGCCCGUGUCUCUGCUGUCCGCCGCUCCCAGAAGGCCAAGAAGGAGACCCCCGCCCGCAAGCCCCGUGGCUCCAAGGCCGAGGUUGCCGAGAAGGCCGAGUAA